AUGUCGGCUAUCGACGACGACGAAGGUAUGAAUAUUUUUUGAGGCGCCUUUGGUUAAUAUUAUUAUUUUUUUUAUUAUUAUGCAUAACAUAAUUAUGUUAUUAAUUAUUUGUUUCUAGUAACACCUAUAAAUGUAGAAGAUGAAUGUGUUUAUUAUGGACAUGCCAUGUGUGCCGCUUGUGUUGUGAGAUACGUUGGUCCUAUUGAAGGUAAAAGCGGUAUUUAUUAUGGCGUUCAGUUCAAUAAGCCUUUGGGAAUGAACAAUGGCAGCGUCGAUGGAAGGUCUUACUUUGAGGUUGGUGUCUUUUGUUUAUUAUUAUUUUUUAGGUACGAAGUUUUUUGGUAUUAACGCUUGCAUUUAUUUUCAGUGCCCGUCGAUGCAUGGUUUAUUUGUGAAGAAUUAUCGCCUACUUAAAGUUCGAGAUACACCUCCACCUCGCGGAGGAAUUUGGUCAAAGUUGUUGAAAAAGUUAGUCUUUUGAUAUCUUUCGCUUAUUGUUUAUUACGUUCAUUGUAAUUUUUUAGUCUUGAUGUCGGGGAUCGAGUUAUUGUGGAGGGAUCUCGUGUUGGAAUAGUUAUGACCAUUUUCCGCUGGUCGGCUAACGAUCGGCAAGUCAACAAACCAAUCAUGGUUGGAGUUCUGCUUGAUCGAAAACGAGGAGAUUGUGAUGGAAGCUAUAUGGUACUUAUCAUUAAAAUAAUUAGCUUUGAUUUUAGGGUGUGCGUCAUUUUAUUUGUGAAUAUGGAUUUGGUGUGUUUGUUGAAAACUUCGAAGUCCGCCUUCAUGAAACGUCGCGGACGAAAACAGGAACCUUUGGGACGUUGAGCAGACAGCCUUCUGUAAGUGAUCCUUAUUGUACAUUGUAUAAAUAAUAGACUUAUUAAUGUUUUUAAUUCUAGUGUCGGUCAAUCAAUUCCGUUGCCACCGAUCGUCGUCCCGGAAGCUGCAUUGCUCCGCCAUCCAGAAUUCCAUUCAGGUCUCCAGGGUCUACAAUCGCAGCGUUCUCUCCAACUCCGUUGCGGAUGAGGGUUAACGGAGGUCCACGGCCUUCCGUCACUACUCAGCGACAGAACUCGUUCACAAAAUUGGAGAUGGAUUCGUUGAGAAACGUGAUCGAUGACCUUUCCAAGGAAAAUAAAACAUUAGAACAGGAACAACGAGAUGUUGUUCGGAAGGCAGAAGAGAGUCAAGCACAGGCAUCUCAGCUGGAAUCUCAGUUAGAAGCCCUCAAGGUCGAAUUGGAUUCUAUCAGUUUUGAAAGGGAUGAAUUUAAAAGUGUUCUCCAAGGGCUUGGAAUUCUAAAGGAGGAUUCGACAGGUUGGUUUAUCGUUUUUUGUCAUUAUUGAGUUUUCUAGAACCAAAUGGGACCUCUAAUGGAGUAGCUUCUAAGCCUCCAGUUCUGACCAGAGUCAGCAAAGUAAUUGCGUUACUACUUUUCCGACUUUCGAAUCUUGAUCCGUCCGCCAAGGCGGACUUGACAAAUGCGUGUGAUGCUUUUAUUGGAAUUCCAUUAGGCAAUAAUGUCGGGUCCAGUCUGAACACAAUAUCUGCAUGUAAGUUGAUUUUAAAUGGGUUUGGUUAAGCCUUGAUCAUUUCAACGUCAUUAAAUUUCAGUGAGCAAGGCAUUAGACCUCGCUGAACUAAGCCUCAACUCUCUCAACAAGUCGCCAAAUUCUUUAUAG